UGUUUUUGCAGAAACAAAUAGUAUGUUGCUGCUGAACAGUCUAAACAAUUUGCUGAACAUAGCGCUUGGCUCUCGGUCACAAUACUCGCGAAGCUCAGAAGUGGCAGAGAUGGACAAUUUCUCAGCUGUAGACGUUGCGUCUGAAAUCGAGAAGGGAAAGGCAGUCCAUUCCCAAUUACAAAUCCUGGACACUGCCCUAGAGAUAAGGGUCCACUUGCAGAAGCUGGUUGUGCUGGCCAACCAGCUUCCAAAGCACAAUAAGUACGCCCUCUUCCGGGCGGCUGCUCUCCAGAAAGAUGAGAAUAACGGCAACCUCAUUGGUCAUGCCAAAAGCAGCGUUGAGAUGGUGAUGCGCCAGCUCCUCGCACUUCGGGAGGAGCUGAUUGAUUCACAUCCUGAGAUUCGAAGCCUCUUGUCCAGUGCUGGUUGUGAGGGAAAAAGUUCCGAAGGUGAACUCGACUCCGAAUGUGAAGAAAUUCCCACAAAGCGGCGCAGAACGGACGUGUGCGUAGGAUCAGCUGCGGAAUUCUGGAAGAAAUUUGAGCCUUACAGGAACGCCACCAUCCAGAAGUGGCACGAAAGGACGAAACUGCUAUCGGGAAAAGUUGGCCGCAGUUUCGCUUCACUUGAAGAGUCCCCUGUAAAGCAAAUUGAGCACAUUCUCAUGGACGAAGAACGGCUGCUUCGCAGGACACAAACCAAACGGUCAUCGUACAAAAUCCUUGGUGCUGAAGACGCAACAAAUGAUGAGCAGGAGGAGAAGCCUGGCAUUGGAGAACUGGACGAUGAGAUUUUUGACGACGACGACUUCUAUCAUCAUCUUCUUCGGGAAGUCAUUGAGAGGAAAACCGUCAACAUUGACAACCCCAUCGCCCUCAGCAGGCAGUGGCUGGAGAUAGAAAAGCUCCGGAAGAAGGCAAAGCGAAGAGUGGACACACGGGCCACCAAGGGUCGCAAGAUUCGGUAUGAUGUCAUUCCAAAGCUUACCAACUUCAUGGCACCACUAGACAGAUCUACAUACCCUGAAGAGGCCAGGACGGAACUGUUUCGCAGCUUGUUUGGACAAAAGAAGUAUGCCAGGUGAAAUUCCUGUAAAAAUAAAGAAAAAAAUUUUCCGU